AGAGCAGAAGAAGAAGAAAGAUGGCCACCUGUUGAUCCGCGGAGGGAGACUGCCGGUCACUGCGGCUCCGCAAGGGAGAUGGCUCAGUUCCCUGAUCCGGCCUUCAUGGAGUCCAUCAACAUCAACAUGCGGGUCCCGGAGCGUCUCAGCGUGGGUCCGGGGCCCGAGGCGGGACCGGGUCCACGGCGGUCCGAGGAGGAGGGGGGCGGGGCCGGGAGGAGGGUUCCUCCCGCGUACGCCAUGCACAUCCCCGACCGGCUGACGUACGCAGACACCCCCGACAUGAGCCCCAGACCGCUGUUCAGACCGGCGUCCGGGGUCCCUCUGGGUCUGGAGCCCUGCUGGGAGAACGUGUGUGUGGAGGCGCUGCACAGGGACGGACUCCAGAGCCCCAUCCGCAGAUCGUACAGUGACCAGAGCUUCGGCCGGACCCCCCCCGGUACCCCCACCCACCUGAAACAGGCCCUGACGGUGCCCAGACCCCCGUCCAGCUGCCCGGAUGCAGGACCCCCUCCUGGUCGGCGCCCUGCAGUGCCCCCCGGCCCCGCCCCCGGCCCCGCCCCCGCCUCCGGCCCCGCCCCCUGCCUCCUGUCUCCACAGCUCAUGCUGCAGACGGCCCGGCAGCUGGGCCAGCAGGCAUCACAGCGCCUCCUGCAGGCAGUCAGCCACAAGUACAGCAGAUCUAGCGCUCAGGCUCCGCCCCCAGCAGCAGGAGUGCUGAGCCCUGUCCCAGCUUCAGGACUCGUGGACAACAGUGAGACCAGGACGAUGGAGAGCUGGAGCCCAGAGGAGGAGGGAGGAGCUGCUGUGGAGUUCAUCAUCCUGAGGAGACAGGUGCUGAAGAUGAGUCGCCGUCUGGCGGCUCUGGAGCGCCACAGUGUGGAGCAGAGGAGUACUGAGCUGCUGCUGUCCUCCCUGCUGCUGUCGGCCCUGCUGCUCAACGCCUGGCUCUGGACUCGCAGAUAGCCGGCCCGGGGAGGGCGGAGGGACGCUCUGAGCUGGCCUCCUGACCUGACCGCCUCCCGUGACUCUUGCCUCCAUGGUGACCUUUGACCCCAUGGACCUGACGGACCGUGGCCCGGAGCCCAUGCCACAGCCGUCGGCUCUGAUCAGGCUGCUGUCCCACUGGGAGGGACUCAGACCUGCCGUCCCCUGAGGGAGCUGUGCAGAACGUUCCGCUGUUCUCUGUCAAGCCCCGAGAGCCGUCCGACGCUUUGCCCAUGAGAACUGAGGUGCUGCCGCUGCGUCCUCUCUGGACAGACAUUGUCCACCGUCAGUCUCCACCCUGGUGGAGACAGUUGGAGCUCCAGUCUCCAGACCUGCAGCUGCUUUCAGGUGGACAUUGGACACGUUCAGUUUGGACUCAGGACUCGGGUUUGUCUCAGCAUCUCAGUCUCAUUUCAUUAUUUUUCACUUCAUUGAGCUGAUUUUGCUCUUUUCGUCUUUUUGCCAUCGACACGGAUCCUUUAUUCAACUCUUGAAGCAGGUUCAGAUCAUGAAGACACCGUUUUUCCACUUUUAGAGUGUUUAUCAGGAGUGUGAAGUUUAGAGAGUGAAGUUUAGAGUGUAUUUAUCAGCAGUGAAAAGUUUAGAGUGUUUAUCAGAAGUGUAAAGUUUAAAGCGUAUUUAUCAGGAGUGUAAAGUUUAGAGUGUUUAUCAGCAGUGUAAAGUUUAGAGUGUUUAUCAGCAGUGUAAAGUUUAGAGCGUAUUUAUCAGGAGUGUAAAGUUUAGAGUGUUUAUCAGGAGUGAAAAGUUUAGAGUGUUUAUCAGCAGUGUAAAGUUUAGAGUGUUUAUCAGGAGUGUAAAGUUUAGAGUGUUUAUCAGGAGUGUAAAGUUUAGAGUGUUUAUCAGCAGUGUAAAGUUUAGAGUGUUUAUCAGCAGUGUAAAGUUUAGAGCGUAUUUAUCAGGAGUGUAAAGUUUAGAGUGUUUAUCAGCAGUGAGAAGUUUAGAGUGUUUAUCAGCAGUGAAAAGUUUAGAGUGUUUAUCAGGAGUGUAAAGUUUAGAGUGUUUAUCAGGAGUGAGAAGUCGUUUUUGUCUGAUGAGCAGAACCUUAAAGCGAUACUUCAACAUUUUGGCAAAUUGGCCCAUCUAGGGCAAUUCGGUAGUCAUUUAGAACAGCAUACUUACUUUUUUUGUGAGGGCGAGCUGUUGUUUAUUCAGCGGUGCGUCU